AUGUCUCGUUUCGUUCGUGCUUCCAAGUACAGACACGUCUAUGGCACUGCUGCCAGACGUGAGCUCAGCUACGACAACGUCAAGGUCUCUGGCAAUGCCUGGGAUACCAACCUGAUCAAGGUCAACCCUAAAUUCUUCUCGUUGAACUGGAACUCGAGCGGUGGAGGAGCGUUUGCUGUCAUCCCCUUGUCCAUGACUGGCAAGAUCUCGGAUGCUCUUCCCCUCUACCGUGGUCACUCGGCUGCUGUUCUCGACACCGACUUUUCGCCCUUCAACGACAACUUGAUUGCCUCGGGAGCAGAGGACAGCAAGGUCUUCAUCUACUCUAUUCCCGAUGAGAUUGGUGAGGUCGACAUUGAGCCCGUCGUCCGCCUCAAUUCUCACGGUCGCAAGGUCGGACAGGUUCUUUUCAACCCCGUUGCCGAGAACGUCCUCUUGUCUGCCUCGGCUGACUUGACCAUGAAGCUCUGGGAUGUGGAGAAGGGAGUCGAGAAGCAGGAGAUUACUGGACACAUGGAGGUCGUUCAGGGCGUCACCUGGAACUACAACGGUACCUUGGUUGCCACCACCUGCCGUGACAAGAAGUUGCGCGUCUUUGAUGUCAGAAGCAACAAGGUCGUCCAGAUUGCUGAUGGACAUGCUGGAGUCAAGGGAUCCCGUGUCGUGUGGAUGGGUGACUCUGACCGCCUUGCCACCACUGGAUUCUCCAAGAUGUCGGAUCGCCAGGUCUACGUCUGGGACACUGCCAACCUCGCCACCCCCCUCAAGACCAACAACUUGGAUACUUCCUCGGGAGUCGUCAUGCCCUUCUACGACGGCGACAGCAAGAUGCUUUACUUGGCCGGAAAGGGUGAUGGUAACAUUCGUUACUACGAGUACGAGAACGACGAGAUGUUCUCGUUGUCCGAGUACGGCUCAAACGUUCCCCAGCGUGGUCUUGGCUUCAUGCCCAAGCGCGGCUUGAACGUUAACGACUGCGAGAUUGCCAGAGCCUACAAGGUCUCCAAUGGCAUUGUCGAGCCCAUUUCAUUCACUGUUCCCCGCAAGUCGGACUCGUUCCAGAGCGACUUGUUCCCUGACUGCGUUGGUGAUGAGCCAUCUUUGACUGCUGAUGCCUGGUUCGGAGGCGAGACUGCUGACCCCAAGUUGUUCUCGCUCGAGAAGGGUUUCACUGCCUCGGUCAAGAAGGAGUUUGUUGCCAGCGUUGCCGCUCAGGCUGCUGAGGACAUUGUUGCGCCCCUCAAGAACGACAAGGAUUACCAGGAGGCAUACCACAAGUUGCGCCAGGAGAACGAUGACCUCAAGAACCAGAUUGCCCAGAAGGAUGUCAAGAUCCGUCUCUUGGAGGUUCAGUUGGAGCAGCUUUCUUCGGCAUAA